AUGCCGCAAUUCAAUGUCAUUAUCGUAGGAUGUGGUCUUUCAGGACCGUUGCUUGCAAGUGGGCUCCUAGACGCAGGUGUCAAGGUAGACGUGUACGAGAAGCUAGCGGCCGAUGCAAAACGAGACGGCUAUCAGAUCCGUGUCGCCCAACCGUGCAUGGACGCUUUUCGUCUCAAUCUCACCCCAGAACAAAACAAGAAGAUUCAAGCUAGCCUAGGGCAUUUCGACGCCAACGAGGAAACCACGCCUAUCUGGUACGAUCACAAAUUGAAGCCACUCUUGGAAAUGGGGCGGAUCAGCGAGCAGUAUCACGGCUCUGCGCCCAUGGACAGGGUGGUGCUGCGUGAUAUAAUUUCAGAAAAGCCAAUACAGAGUGGUAUCGUGCACUCUGAUAAAAGAUUCUCUCGUUAUGAUAUAAUUUCCGACCAAGGAAGGGAAAGAGUGCGCGUCUCCUUUGAUGAUGGCACUUCCUCAGAUUGCGAUCUGUUGAUUGGGGCGGACGGAAGUCACUCUAGAAUCAAUGAACAGCUCGGCCUGAGUAACAUUCAAGCCAUCCCCGUUAUAAACUUCAUUACAAAGACACAUUUGUCCAAGGAUAAGCUAGCAGCACUGCCUCCGGCGGCUCGACAUUCACCGAUGCUGGUUUUCUCACACAGGAAGACCUACUUUUGCGUUGCGUACAUCCCGAGCCGACAGCACGAAGAUGUUGCAAAAGAAGACGAAGGAUCACCCAAUGGAUCUUCUGACUACGACGAGAAUAUGGCCACGUUCACGUUCUCUUUACAGAUGCAGAAGGAUGAUUGUCCAAAAGACAUCAAAGAUUGGGACAAAGAUGCAACCUGGAAAUUUCUGGAAGAAUCUCUGAGUAGUUGGGACGAUGCGUUCCGCCAAGUCAUACAGGUCAUCAAAUCAGAAGAGGUCUACGUUUUCGAACCUCGGGCAAGCAAACGACCGGCUCUCAACUGGCGUUCCAAGGUACGAACAGCGACCAAUCCUAAUCUCGGGCAUCCGCGGGUAUGGUUGAUGGGUGACGCCAUGCACGUUAUGUUGCCCAACCGAGGUAUGGGUGGCAACCAAGCCAUGCUUGACACGACAGUGAUCUCGCCUCUGAUACAGCGACUUGACAAAGCUAUGACAGCUGAGGGAGUAAUUGAGACCGACGCGAUCGCGGCAGCCUGUGAUGAGUAUGAGCGCGAGAUGAUCCCAAGAGCCUUUUACUGGGUUGAGACCAGUGGAGGAACGAAGCCGGUGCCGUUCGAUACGAAUACCUUGUUUGGUCUAUGUGUAGCAUGGUAUAUGAAGCUGUCUCUGGAUAUCAGAGAUGCAAAGGAUACAAUCUUGAGGUUCUUCAGGUUGAGAUAG